AUGCGCACCAUCCAAAACAAUUCAGACGAGGACCAAACGAGCUACUUUUAUACAGUGAGGCAGAACUUCGACAUCGCCGCACUGCAGAGUGUGUUCCCUCCAUCAGAGCUGGCCGCCUUCAUGUCUCUGCUCAGGCGUGAUAAAGAACAACAGCUGAACGAGCUCACCAAGAUCGUCACCGGGAUUCGCCUCUUCAACAAGGACAGCGGGAAAGGAGGAGAGAGCAUCGAGGACCUGCUGGCCGUCCUGAACGAGGCUCUUCCUGCUGCCAGCACAGAUAUAGAGCGUGAACUGGAAGGGACGCAACGUUUGGCUUGGCGCUACACCACUCUGCUGGAGAGAUGCUCUGAAUCCGACACUGACGCCGAGCUAAACAGGGACCUGCUCACACAGGCCCUGUACAAUGUACGCCAACAUGAAGCCUUCCUCAAAAUCAUACUGGCAGAUGUGAUCACAUGUGCAAAGCAAGUGGAGGCUCUUCACACUGACCUCAUGUCGAGGAUGAAGGUGCUGAAGGCCACAGUUCAUGCCAAAACUGCAGUACCAACCUCCCAAGUGUUCCCUCAUUUCACAGCGUUGGCCAGGCUGUGGGCAGGGCUUCAGGAUGAGAUGGUCUUGUUGAACAUGCUCCGGAGCAUGGCGCUCAGCCUGAGGCCGUUCCUCUCGGCUCAGUCGCAACUUCUCGAGAACGUUCAGUUGGAUCAGAUGCUCCGCGGUGAAACCGUCAAAUCUGACGCAGAGAGAGCUGCUGAGAGCUCAGAGGAGCGGCUUGAUCCAGAGGAGAUGAAAUCGUCCGAGUGGAUUCUGCCCGAGACCACGGCGAACUUUGAGCAGCUCUUCCUGCAGUACAGGGGUGUGUGUGGAUACACUCUUGUCGAGAAGAACGGCCUCUUGCUCCCAGGCAAUCCGAACAUCGGCAUCCUGAAGCACAGGGAGAAAUAUUACAGCUUCAGCUCCAAGCAGGCUGCGUAUCAGUUCGCCUCAAACGCAGACAAGUACAUCGAACUGAUUGCGGAAAGAGCGAAGAGAUCUCCGGAACUGAUCCAGCUGCUCGAGCUUCAUCAGCAGUUUGCCAGCGUCACUCCGUACUCUCAGAUGCAGUCAGGUGAGAAAUUGUUGGUGAAACCCAUCAGCAAAAGUGAAAGCAGCACACAGACGGACACACACCUGCUGGAGAGCAGCAUCGUCAGAUCUUACGAGUGGAACGAGUGGGAGCUGAGACGGAAAGCCAUCAAACUGGCGAACCUGCGCCAUAAGGUAACCCACUCGACGCAGACUGACCUGAGCCACAUGAGGAGACACAACACCACGCAGACGUUCCUUCCGAAAGAAGCCGCCUGCCAGACGAAGAGAGACGGACAGAGUAACGUACCGAGACCUCAAGUCUACCUGGCUGGGCUGAGAGGAGGACCAACCACUCCCAUGACCAAACUCGAUUUAACUCCAGAUGUGCAUGAAUAG